AUGGUGAUCUGGAUACGGGUUGGCGGUACCUAUAUGAACACGUGGAACAUUAUCGUAAUUCUUGUUGCCGUCGGGCUAUCCCAGUUAGGGCGCUCGUUUAUAUCAUUGAUUCACGAAACAGCUAUGGCGCCUCCAUGGAACCGCACGACAUUUACUGUCUGGAACAAUGGUAUGAUGGAAUUAAUGAAUCCGUUUCUUGUCGGUUGGAUUGUGUUUUAUCCGUAUGUUAAGACAAUUUUGGAGGCCGAAGGCUCCAUGGAUUAA